UGCCCAGCAAUUAGGGCAUCGGUCAUUUCUCUGAGAACAACCUUGUAAACCCCGAGCAAGCAACCGGGUGCCGAAUUAGGGUUUAAGCCUAGAGGAAGUGCGCUGCUUCUACGCCUCCCUUGCUUUGGUUUCACGUGCAUCGUCUCUAGGAUCAGGAGCAGUUCUUGCUUUGAAACAUGGACUCUGUUGCCGUGAAUCCCAAAGCGUACCCCUUGGCCGACGCGCAGCUAACCAUCACCAUCCUCGAUCUCAUCCAACAGGCCGCCAAUUACAAGCAACUCAAGAAAGGCGCAAAUGAAGCCACCAAGACGUUGAAUAGGGGAAUAUCUGAAUUCGUCGUGAUGGCCGCAGACACAGAGCCGCUCGAGAUCCUCCUCCAUCUGCCUUUGCUCGCGGAGGACAAGAAUGUGCCAUAUGUCUUUCUUCCUUCCAAACAAGCUCUUGGCCGUGCUUGCGGAGUCACCAGACCUGUGAUUGCUUGUUCAGUGACUAGCAACGAAGGCAGCCAGUUGAAAUCCCAAAUCCAGCAGCUCAAGGAUGCAAUCGAAAAGCUUCUCAUCUAGAUAGUAAUAAGAUUUCGGCAUGAUGAGCUUCCUGAUGUCUUGAGUGAUAUCCAUCUUUUAUCUGUUUGCUGUAAGACAUCGAACUUUCUUGUGCUCUUAAAGAUAUUGUAACUCGAACAAGGUUGGAGAAUGAAUUCAGUAUUUUUUUUUUUUGUUCA